GCUCCAUGGAGUCAUUUGGACGGGAGGCAGCACGCGCUCUUUACUGAACAUUAUUGCGCUUUUGCACUUUAUUACCGACAGAAACUCGUUAGUUUGUGCUCACGGUGUAUCCGCGGAACAUGUGCUGAAAUCUGGUAUUUUGGUGGACGUUUCGUCUUUUCACACUUUGAGCAGUGAGAAGUGCAGAGGGUGACAAUGUCACGGCAACGUUCAAGAUCCCCUCUCCAUUCAAGAACCUCGACUUUGCUCGGAAGGCGAGAAGGAUAUUACACUGAGCAGUACCAUGCACCGGUGCAUUCUGAUCUGUGGGGAGGUUCAGAAAACGUAGGCAACAGAAAUGCCGAUGGUGCCGAACGCUGGAAUAACGGAUCCUCUCAAACAGAGGAGCAGGUUGACCACUGGGCCAAGUUCAUCGAGGCUAUAGGACGUGCCGGAAAGCGGAAAGCUUCGUCCAUGUCAAGGUACCACGAGCAGGACAGCGUCCAGAGUUUUGAUGAGAACUCGGCACGUUCUCCGAGACAGCUAUCUCAGGAGAGAUUAUCUUCCCAGGAAGCUUCACACUAUGGUGUGGAAAUGCAUCAGAGGAUUCAAUCUCCAGGUCUGAGAAGAAACGAGCAUGAUGCUGCUCAUGUAGACAGGCGCUAUUCAAGAAGUUCCAGUCCAAGGCAUUCACAAGGAAAGAGAUAUGACAGAAUGGAACAUGGAUAUCUUAAUGAAGAACACGAAGAUAGAUAUGACAGAAGCUCCUAUAGCGAGAGGUCGCUGAAGGCAAAUUAUACGGAACAUCAACUACAUUUUAAAGGAUUCCAAGAUUUGGAUCCACAGGAAGAAUAUACUACAUCGCGCAGGGGCUUCAGUCCACAUUGUGCCACUGUUGUAGUGGAGCAUGAUCAUGGAAUCCCAAAACAUGACCCAAGUAUCCACGAUCAAGAUAGGGCCCGCGAACGUCCAAGGAGCCGCGAUCCAACCAGAGAACGAGGGCGUUCUAGGAACCCCGAUCCAGGUAGGGAUAGGGAGCAUCCGAGGAGCCAUGAUCCAAUUAGGGACCAAGAGCAACCAAGAAGCAGUGGUCCUGUUCGGGACCGAGAGCAUCCAAGAAACCGUGAUCCUGUUAGGGACCGAGAGCAUUCAAGGAGCCAUGAUCCAGGUAGGGACCGAGAGUAUCCAAGGGGCGGUGGUCCUAUGAGACACCAGGAGCAUCCAAGGAGCCGUGAUCAUCUGAGAACUAGUGAUCUACCAAGAGGCAGAGAUUAUCCAAAAAGCAGUGAACCACAAAGGGGCAGAGAUCCCAGCAGGGGAAGAGAAUCCUCAAGAAGCAAGGAACUCCAUAAACAUGGAAGGGAAUAUAGCCAUCGUUCAGGAACAUCCCAUCAUAGCCCCAGUGGUUCAUCAAGCUAUCAUAUUCAGGAAGACACAAGAUUCCAUACCUCUUCGGCUGAAAGAGGAAGUCCUUUGCAAGGCAUGCGACCCCACAAGGAGCAACCUAGGAUGAGAUCACGUUCAAGAGAGCCCUAUGGACAAAGGGCAGUGGAUGGUAGAGACUUCAGAAUGGAUGAGAUUGAUGGUGCAAGAGACUCUGUUCAUGACUGGGAGGAAGAGGUGCAACGUAGAGGGAAUCAUGGUGGUGUGUUGGGACAAGGAGACGUUUUGAAAAGACAUCCUCACCAUAGUAACACAAACCAUCCUGGAACUAGAAUGGAUUUUGCCGGUCAUGAGACUCUCAAGAUCAAAGUGGAUAUGAGUCGUCCUGUGCAACAGAGCAGCCACUUAGGCUAUUCGUCUGAAAGGCAGUUGUCACUCGAUUUGGUCAAUGUGGGUCGACAACGUCUCGACUUCCUGCCCAUGCUGGAGCAUUCUGGGACAUAUAGAGAGACUCCAAUGCAUUCUGGGACCUUCGCACAAGAGAUCAUCACUCUGGUGCAUCAGGUCAAAGAAAAUUAUUUUCAGGGUCAAGGCGUCACACUUAAUGAACGGUUCUCUAACGAACAAGAGUAUUCUUUGGUGGAUGAGUUGACCGAUGAAGAGCAGGAGAUGGAGGCCGUCAGGCCUGUCGUAAACAGGCCACUUGGUUCUGCGUCUUUAGACACUCAGAUUUUCUGCAAGAUUGGACCGAUGCAGAGGAAACCACAUGUUCCUGCUCCUGGUGAUCUCAGGCAUGACCUGGAGAGGAAAAGACAGGAGAGACUAGAAGGCGUGAAGAUCACUAUCGCUGGAGGGAACUUCUCUCAGAUACGGCAUGAGAGUCAAGAGAACGAGCCUGAAUAUAUAGGCGAUGAAGACCCGUGUGAAGCAGGCUGGUCCGAGGAGGUGCCUCAGCAAACAGAACACUGGGAUGAACUUCGUCAAAAGAGGCCCGCACGGAAUUUCAAUGCCAGACGGAAUUUCAACCGCGUCCGCAGUCGACAUGGUUCACGCAUGAAAAAGAAUGCAAGUAAAGGUGCCCGAUGGUGAGGAACUGGAAUAAAGUGAAGCUCUGGGGGUCGUAAACAUGACUGCUUCUUGAACUUACAUGAUGGUGUGUUAUCGGCUUCAGUUGUUACUGUUUUCGUUAGUAGACUGUAAUAUGUCUUGUGUGAAAUUUCACAGCUAGUCGAGCGCAGAUUCUCGUACAUUGCUUAUUUUUUAAAAGUGGUUUAUGAAGCAAACUUAAAGAACAUUAUGUAUUCGAUCAUGAAGUUUGUGGAUGUGGUUCAUUUUUAGUCACCAGCAUUCUGUAAUGUUUAAGCCCUCUCCCUCGUGAACAGCUGUCAUCAGAAUAAAAGUAAUCCCCUUUUCAGAACCUGCUCAUA